CUAGAUUUCAGACUCUUUGUGUCCUUCAGACAAAGUUGUUACAAGCUGCCAAAUGCACAUGUAGCUUUUAUGUUCAGAAUUGUGCUUAUCCAAAUGGGGAAUAUUCACACCAUUUAUCUUCUCAUUAUCUGCGUGUUUUAUACAGGGUGUUCCGGUAGGAAUGACGAAGAGAGGUUGAUUCAUGAUCUUUUUGAAGUCAGAAAGUAUAAUAAAGAUGUGCGGCCAGUCGAGCAUAAGAAUGAAGUGGUGAAGAUUUCGUUGGGUUUAACUCUCUCCAAUCUCAUUUCAUUAAAAGAAGCUGAUGAGACACUGACUACAAACGUGUGGAUUGAUCAUGGAUGGCAUGAUAAACGGCUUACUUGGAAUGUAUCUGAAUAUAGCGGAAUUGAAAUAAUCCGUCUACCCCCCAAUUUAGUGUGGAUACCGGACAUUGUCCUAGAAAACAACAAUGAUGGACAGCACGAAGUGGCCUUUUUCUGCAAUUUGCUGGUCCGAGCAAAUGGAUUUGUUACGUGGCUUCCCCCAGCAAUAUUCAGGAGUACCUGUCCUAUCAACACUCUUUACUUUCCUUUUGAUUGGCAGAACUGCUCCCUGAAGUUUACGUCAUUUAACUACAAUGCAGAGGAGAUAAAUUUGGAACUGCAAACAGAUUUUCAAAAUGGCAAGGAGUUUCCUAUUGAAUGGAUUAAUAUUGACCCUGAAGCUUUUACAGAAAAUGGUGAAUGGGAAAUUAUUCACAAACCUGCAAAAAAGAAUAUCCAUACAGAUGUUCCUCGGAAUAGCACCAAAUACCAGGAUAUAACAUUCUACCUCAUUAUUAGGCGCAAGCCAUUAUUUUAUGUCAUCAACAUCAUUACUCCUUGCGUUCUCAUUUCUUUUCUGGCAUCAUUAGCUUUUUAUCUUCCUGCCAACAGUGGUGAGAAAAUGACCAUGUCUAUUUCUGUCUUACUUGCUCAGUCUGUCUUCCUGCUACUGAUUUCUCAAAGAUUGCCAGAGACAGCUCUAGCUGUUCCAUUAAUUGGCAAAUACUUGAUGUUCAUAAUGAUUCUGGUCACCAUUGUGAUAGUGAGCUGCGUCAUUGUGUUAAACUUCCAUUUCCGAACUCCCAACACUCACGUUCUCUCAUCUUGGACUAAAUGGCUGUUUUUGGAAAAGCUCCCACGGAUCCUGCUCAUGUCUCAACCUGACAACAGUAACUCACCACCGUGGGAGAACGGUGUGUUGCAGCGACGCAGCAGCUCCCUUGGAUACAUUAUUAAAGCACAAGAAUAUUUCACUAUCAAAUCCAGAAGUGAACUUAUGUUUGAGAAACAAUCUGAACGACAUGGAUUGAAGACACGGGCCACUCCAGCUAUCACAGGUCUGAAAAGCAGCUGUAAUGAUAAUGAAAAUAUUCCAGAUCAGCUGUAUUCCGAGCUCAAGUCGGGCAUCGAUGGGGCUAACCUCAUUGUGAAACACAUUAAGGAAAAGAAUGACUAUGAUGAGGAAGUUGACAACUGGAAUCGAGUGGCUCACACAUUGGACAGGCUCUGUAUGUUCAUCAUAACUCCAAUAAUGAUUUGUGCAACAUUUGUCAUAUUUUUGAUGGGAAACCUUAAUCAUCCUCCACCAUUACCAUUUGAAGGCGAUCCCUUUGAAUAUUCAGCUGAUCGCCCACGAUGUUUGUAGCUUUCAAUUAUCCAUAGGAUAUCGCAGAAGAUACAAUUCCAUUUACCCCCACUGCUCAUCAUCCAAUCCCUCUUCCCGUUCCCAUUAUACACACACACGCCAUGGCAAUGUAUACAGAGUUGGAAAACAUGCCAUACAAAUCUAUACAUAUAUAAAAACAUGAAAUAAAUGUAAAAUAAAAAAUGCAAUUGUGUGUGCAUAUGAUAAUGCAUGCAGACAUACAUUGGUAUUCUCAUGGACAGAUGGUGAGUUUUCAAAUAAAUUUCUCUCCCUUUUCUCUCUAUUUGUCUGUAAGCAGGUUGUAACUUCUUUCCCCUUUCUUAAACAGUGGUAGUAUAUUUCCCUGACUCCCGCUAUUUGUGGAUUCUGACUUUGUAAGACCACAACAACUCUACUGUAAAGUCAAACUGGAAUCAAGUUUUAUAUCAUACACGUAGGGCAGGUAUAGUGAUGGUGGUGAAUCAUACAAUUGGAGAGAUUGAAUUGAAACAGAUGAAUAUACAUUCAAUUAGUAUUAAAUUAAAUGUAAAACAAUCGAGAUAUAUUAAUUUAGCAAUGGCUUUGCUUUUGAGAUAGAAUCCAAAAAAUCAAAUCUGGAGAUGUCAGUCUGGGAUUCCUUUGUGGUUGAUUGGCCUGCUGUCCAUGUGGACUUUUAUCCAGUUUCUUCUCUUUAAAGAAGUGUAGCUUUCUGAGAAACAUUACUAAAAAUAUUGUCAGUAGAUGUAUGAAGCAGCAUUGACCCCUUAACUGAUUGCUAUUGCAAAAUUGUAAGAUUAGAAGGCAGUUGGGUUCAGUCUAUGGGAGUUAUCUGACCAAUCUUCCUGGGAAAUGGGAGUAAACAGUUACCAUUCAGACAAAAGUUUGCAUUAAAGAAACCAAAUCUCCAUGGCCAAUCUCAGAGAUUAAGUAUUAAAUCCUUUUACGUCCUUUUACAGAGCAGGUGCACCUUUCAAUUCUAUUGUGUAAGGAUUUUUUUUUUCCAUGGAGAAAACCAUCACUGCAGCAGGUUAUAAGGAAAUAGCUAGUCUUCCCAUCCCAACAGGAAGUACAUGGAGUUCAUUGCCUGGCUGAUAUAGACUUCUGAGAAGCUUCUGGAAGGUUCUGCUAAGUCCCGACUAUAGUAGCCAUCUUUCUUGGACUGUUUAAUUUUUUACAGUCAAUAAAUAUAUAUUUGGAUAUCUAUUAAAGUUAGGUUUUGAUCUGUUUGUUUUAGAAUGAAUGAGAAUAAUAGAAAUGAUGGAAAACCUUGAAAUCAGCAGUUUAUUUUCCGACCAGCCGAUAACGUUAACGAUGCUGAAUCUUUGGCUGUAAUAGUAGCAUAUAUUGUGGUGUACAGCUGCAACUUCAUAGCUAUAUAUAUGGUUGCAAGUAGAGUCAUAGAAUCACACAGUACAGAAACAGAUCCCUCGGUCCAACCAGUCCAGGUCGAACGUAAGCCCAAACCAAACUAGUCGCACCUGUCUGCUCCUGGCCCAUAUCCCUCCAAACCUUCCCUAUUCAUGUAUCUAUCCAUAGGCAAGAAUUAAGAUUUGAAUGUACAGGUUGUGGUAUUCCAAUAUGAUAUGAGCAUUGCUUUCUCAGAACAGUUAAAAUGAAAAUGUCAGCUUAUGUAUUUUUAAAUGCCAUGGAUUGCACUUUUUAAAAUAGUUAGUUUGACACUAAUCCACAAUUAUAAUCCAUACCGUAUUAUGUACAAGAUGUGAGAAGUAUUUUAAUGAUAUUCACUCCAGCCAAAGGAAAUACUAUAUUCCAAAAAUUUCAAUCCCUGGGAAAGAAUCAAAUAGCUGAUACUGCCAAAAAGAAUCUGUACUAUUUCUUAAUCCAUACACAAUAUUAUCAUUAGUUUUGCAAACUUCUUGUGUGAUUAUGUAUUAAUAAUUUCUAUUUUGCAUUGUAUCAAAGUUGGCUUCAAUUAUAUUACACAUGACGUUAAGUAAUGCUUAA